AGUGGUCGCGCGGCAUCCAGCACAGGCGGACGGUCUGUGGCAUUGAGGGAAGAGGCAUCGAGGCUUGUCAGUGCAAUUUCCUUAAUAUUGUUGCUGAACGAAGGUUUGACAGUUGUUGCUGCAGCUCAGCAACCUCUCCCCUGCAAGCAUCCACCUCUCUGCCAGCAUUAUAAUAUAAAAAGUUCCUCCCCUGUAAAACAGUGAGAGGCACUUGUUUCGAGUGAAGCGUUGCCAGGCAAGCACACACCUCGUUCCUUUCUGCUUUGAUAGUCUCCACAAAGCGUCAAGAUGCCGCUCAUCACGAUGCAGAAUGUGGACUUGAACUGUGCGGGGGAGGAGGAAACCCUGGAGCCCCACCACGUGAGUAAUGGCGCUUUUAUUGCUUGUCAGCAAUUAAUGACCGUUUCCCAGUGUCCGGUCUAAGGAUCCCCAAGAGACAUUAAAAUGACCUUCGUCUUCUUAUGCCCUCAGCGUUAAGGUUCUCAAGUUUGCGCCAGUCACACAACGCACCGGGUGAGGGGGGGAAGGGGGGAGCACUCUCUCCUCAACCUGUAUAAACAUUGAAUUCCGCUGCCUAGUGUAAUGGCUGCCGUUGCCUUGUGACGAGGGAAUUCUCACGCCACUCUAGGCCACACGUCAUGUCGGAGUGUUAUGUUCAAAUGCAGAGAAGCGGAUUGAUUAGAAAACAAAAAGAACCUUAAAUCCUCGUCGCGUAGGUCACAGGACUGCAUCCUUACCCCAGCAAGGUAUAAGGGACGUGCGUGAUGCGAUCAAAGAAAAUGAAAUCCUCAUCUGGAUCUACAACAUGAUCGACGAGGUGGCGAGGGUCGACUUCGAGUUCUUCCUCAAGGACGGCUGUAUCCUGUGCAAACUCAUGAACCGCAUCAAUCCUGGCUGCAUCCCCGAGGAGUCCAUCACGUGGGAGGGCGCGCGCAGCAAGCAGAUUAACAUCAAGAACUUCCUGCAGCAGGCGGAGGCGUACGGCGUGCCCAAGGCCAAGCUGUUUCACCUCGAGGACCUGCUCCACCUCAGACACAUUCCCAGGGUGACCCGCUGCAUCUACGCCCUCGCCAAGCUGGUGGCGGACGACUCCAACCUGAGUGACUGCCCGAGGCUGGGAGACGAGCCGAGCUUCAUGCAGGAGCACAAGAAGAAGGUGGACGUGCCGGGCCACAGAGACACCAAGGACGUGUUGGCGCAGCUCACCACCGAGAAGAAGAAGGACGAGAAGAAACUGGCGAAGCAUUCCCUCUACCAGUAAGGACCGGAAGCGAGGAGAAGACGAAAGAAGGAGCGUGAGGCAAUGGAGGGAGAAAAUCUAUAUGGCUAAACAUUUAAAAUCAAGGAACAGCUGCCGCAGAGUGAGUGGCCGACCAGUUGCACAUUUCGCACCUAUUGUAGAUGAUAUAGUUUUCACACUGGAGGCUGAAGUUGUGCUCAGUGUGUGUCCGUAGUGUUGGCAGUAGUUGGCACCCACACCUUGCACGGGUCACCACACUAGUCACGGUUCUUAGCAUAGUACUUUUAGAACUUAAGUAUUUUGUACUCCGUUACUAUCAUCCUUUUAGAACGAAGAAAACUGUGUGAGGUUUAGAUAAUUUGUUGUACUGCGUAAGUGUUAGACGUAUACUAGGUAUCAAGAUACGUGCUAAUCGUUAUUUUAAUGUCUUACUUAUUUAUUUAUUUUAUUUUUAUUUGCUUGUUUGUUUGUUUUACGUUUUUGGAGUUGCGGCGUCAUAUGUUCUAAUCACUCGGUAAGUCUAUUAUAAAUAGAUUAGCAAACAAAUUAGUAAAUCAUGUAAAUCAGUCAUUAGUAAAUCAGUUGGGAAAUCAAUAAUUCACAUAAAAUCAUUUAAUAAUAAAUUAAUCGGUAAAUGGAUUUGCAAAUCAAGCAAUAGUAAAUUAAGUAGUAAGGCAUCCAAUCACAGUAAGCCAAUUGACUCGAAAACUGAUCAGAUCGUAAAUCAACCAACUGGUAAAUAAAUUAAUAGCAAAUGAAUCAGUAAAUCAGUCACAAUAAACCAAUCAGUAAAUCAAUAAAUUAAUCAUUCAGUAAGGCAGUUAUUACAUCAACCAGCAAAUCACUCUGUAAAUCUGUAAAUGAACCAAUCAACUAAUCAGUAAAAUCAUUCAACACAAAUAUACCAGUAAAUAAUUCAUUCACUCUAAAUCAAUUUAUAAAUGAGCCAGUCAGGCAGUAAAUCAACCAGGCAAUCAAUCAGUAAAUAGAUCAACCAAUAAACUAAUCAACCAGUCAGUAACUAAAUAAACCAAUCAAUAAACCAACCAGUCACCCAAACAGUAAAUCAUUCAAUCGACGCGUGUAAGCAUCACGAAUACAGUCAUUGUAUGGAGACGACCGCUGACACCACGUGGCAAGCCAAGGCUUGAUAAGGAACCAUAAACGGAGGCCCACGCAGCCUUCAUGACGCGGUACAACAGUUACUGAAGUGUGUUUAUGGGUGAAGGCGUGAAGAGGAGUAGAAGAUGGAGGAUGGUGUGAGGCGUGCGUGAGGCAUGUAGUAUGUACUAGGAUGGAGAGUAAGGUUAGUGAGAGGAUACGAGGAAGUGUUCGUAAUGUAAACACAUCCUCGUCAUAGUGCUCACGAUGUUCCGCGUCAUCCAUACACGAGUGUAGUUCGUAUAUGUCUUGUUUAGUCACAACCAGCAGGAAGUGGACUGGCGCACGCCGCCGUCCACAUGCAUUACACUUUUGUUAAUACAUGACUUGUUCUCUUGA